AUGGGUGUGUUACUCUUACGGUGGGUUCUGGCGGUGACUCUGUUGCUAACUUGCGUGUUAGGUUUUAAAUCCGACGAACUUCUCCUCGACGACGAAGAGUUCGGCAUCGAAGGUGGACGCUCCUCCUCCUUCCACUCCGAUUCGCAUCAACCUUCCACCGCCGCCACCUCCACCUCCACCUCUCGGAAGAGGUUUUCGGAGUCCGCCUCCGAUUCCAAGAUCCAGUUCACUCUCCAACACGCGUUCGGAGAUUCCGAUUUCUCCGACGCUGGCAACUUCUCUGCUCGCCUCAAGACUUGGAGCCACGGUGGCCAGACGCUGACGAAGCUGCGGUUUAAGCGGGAUCCUUUGACUGAAGUUGAGCAGAAGAUUUUUAAAGAACUGUUGCGAGGAGAUGAUUUCUAUAGGAUUAGAUUGCCGUCCAAUGUUUUGAGUCCUCCUGGCCGGGAAUAUAUUAUUUCUUCUGUGAAAGCACGAUGUCUUCCAGGGGAUGGAUUGGAGGAGCAUUUUGUAAUACACAUGGAAGGUGUUAAUGUCUUGGCUGUCAAUUAUGGUGCCCCUGGGGCUUGUGCUUAUCCUAGACAACUGAAGUUUCCUGGAAAGUGGUCUUUCAAGUCACACACAGUUCUGAAGAACAGUGAACAGGCACCAAGAGCUCCAAUAUUUGCUGAAGAUGCGCUAGGUGGGGAGGAGGGAGAUGGUGAGGCUGUAAAGCCAAUAGAAAGGUCCUUUUGGGCUAAAUAUUGGAUGUACCUGAUCCCUCUUGGACUCAUAGUAAUGAAUGCCGUUACUCAAGCUAUGAAUAUGCCUGAUGAACAACCUGGCGGGCAACCUGGUGCUCCAGCACAGCAGCAGCCAGGAUCUGCAGUGCAGCGUGGACCAAGUUCUGGUGCUGUGCGUAGAAGAUGA